UGACGAAAGCUUAAGCCUGCAGCUACCUAAUCCAGUGCAAUCGGGAUUACAUUGGGCUUUUCGUUUGCCGCUGGGACCGUUUGCAGAAUUUUCAAGUGAAGUUUCUUCCAUCACCCCGCGGACCCCAGACGAACCGACCCGGUGAUGUCGGACAGCAAGUACAUCACGCUCGUCUCGGGCGAUGGCUUCGAGUUUGUCGUUCUGCGCGAGGCAGCUCUAGUCAGCCCGACUAUCAAGGGCAUGCUGCGGAGCCCCUUCGUCGAGGCGCAAACAGGUCGCUGCACCUUUCCCGAGUUCAAUGCCAUUAUACUUGAAAAGGUGGUCGACUACUUCCACUACUGGCACCGCAACCAAGACAAGGAGGAUGUGCCCGACAUGGAGAUUCCUGUCGAGAUGUGCCUGGAGCUGCUAAUGGCGGCCAACUAUUUCAACCUCGACGCGAAGCCCACGCCGAGAGACUAAGAUGGGCAGCAUCUGAGCUCAACUCUCUAUUUCUAGCCUGAGCAUCCACGAAGCGUUUGCAUCAAUAGCGUUGGCAGGGUAC